UAUGAAUUUUUCAAGGUUGUUCCUGUUGUUUUGCAGGACAUGGCACUAAAUGAGAUCCAGGUCAUGAACCAGCUCAAUCACCCCAAUGUCCUCCAACUUUAUGAAGCCUUUGAGGUCAAGAAUCAAGUUGUGCUGAUCCUGGAGUAUGUGGAGGGAGGUGAGUUGUUUGAGAGAAUCGUGGAUGAGAGCUGUCCGCUGACUGAGGUGGAUACCAUGGUGUUUGUGAAACAGAUUUGUGAGGGUGUCCAGUACAUGCACCAGAUGUAUGUACUUCACCUGGACCUCAAGCCAGAGAACAUUCUUCUUGUUGAUCGCUCUAGCCAUCAGGUGAAAAUUAUUGACUUUGGACUUGCGAGGAGAUAUAAACCACGAGAGAAGCUCAAAGUUUCAUUCGGAACGCCUGAAUUUUUAGCUCCAGAGGUGGUGAACUUCGAUUUUGUCUCCUUCCCUACAGAUAUGUGGACUUUGGGAGUCGUCACAUACAUGCUAUUAAGCGGCCUCUCUCCUUUUCUGGGUGAUGACGAUAGCCAGACCCUCAACAAUGUGCUUAUGGGCAACUGGUACUUUGAUGAGGAUGCUUUUAAGCAUGUGUCUGCUGAGGCUCGGGACUUCGUCUCCAACCUGCUGAUCAGAGAAAGAAGUGGUCGUCUGAGUGCUACACAGUGUCUCAAACACCCGUGGCUCAACAACAUCACUGAGAAAGCCAAGAGCAGCAACAUUGUGCUCAAGUCUCAGGUUCUCCUCAAGAAGUAUAUGGCCAGGCGAAUGUGGAAGAAAAACUACAUAGCCGUUGCUGCAGCAAAUAGGUUUAAGAAGAUCGGAAGUUCAGGUUUGUUAACUGCGCUUGGAAUCUGAGAGUGUCAGAGACGUCCUGCUGACUGUGCUCACUAUGUGUGCUUUUAUUUUAGGCAGAUCAUGUCUUUGUAUUGUGUGCUGCAUUGCCACCCACGCUUUCGUAUCUGAAUACUCACUGACUGCCAGUGUAAUUAUUCAAAUGCAUCU